CCCCCCGGGCCGGCAGCGGGCUGCGCGGAGGGACCGGCGGCAGCGGCAGGAUGUAUGGAUUUAUAAACACGUGCCUGAAGUCUUUGGUGGUUGAAAAGUAUGGCGAAGAAACAUGGGAAAAAUUAAGGCUGCAGGCUGGAGUCCAGGAUUCUUUCUUGACUUUUGAGGUUUACAAAGAUGAGAUCACAAUGCAGCUUGUCGACAAAGCCUGCAAAGUAUUAGGUGUUCCUGCUGACAUUGUUCUGAGGGAGUUUGGAAAGUAUUUCUUUGAAUUCUGUAAGCGCUCAGGCUAUGACCACAUGCUGAGGACACUGGGUGGAAAUCUGUAUGAGUUCAUAGAGAACCUGGAUGCACUGCACAGCUACCUGUCCCUUUCUUACCAGGAGAUGAAUGCACCAUCUUUUAGAGUAGAAAAGAAUGAAGAUGGGUCAAUGCAUUUACAUUACUAUUCAGACAGAAGAGGUCUGUGCCAUAUUGUGCCAGGAAUCAUCGGUGCAGCAGCCCUGGAUUUUUUUAACAUUGAGAUUUCAAUGAAAAUAGUCAAUCAAACAGAAGAAGAAGAAAGAACCGGGAAAAAAGAACAUAUUGUUUUUCUUGUCACUCAAACCCCUCUAUUUCCACGCAAGGAGAGAAAUGAAUUUUCUUCCUCAUCUCAAUGUCUUGUUGACUCUGAAAAACAAAUUGAGAACCAACUGAAUAAAGAGGACCUUGAGAAAACCAAGAAUGCAAAUGGAGACAGAGGAAACUCUGUUUGUCCUGUUAAGAAAAGUCACUGGAAAACAUUAAGAGGGAUAAUCACAUUAGGAAAAGGUAAGCUCCUGAGAGGAUUUGAUCCUGUUUAUCCCAAGAGCCUCUGGAUUGACACAAAAACAUUUUGCAAUGGACUUCCUUUUCACAUGGUUUUUGACAAAGAGCUCAAAGUGAAGCAAGCUGGGGUGAGCAUUCAAAAGAUUGUACCUGGCCUUCAGACCAUGGGCAUCUGCUUGGAUCAGUACUUCAGGAUCGUGCACCCAGAAGUACCCUUCACCAUCUCCAGCAUCCAGAAAUUCAUCAACAGCCAAUUUGUUUUCCAGACUAGAAGAGAAAUGAUGCCUGAGUCAUGGAAAGAACGGCCAAUGUUAGAGCUAAGAGGGCAGAUGAUGUGGAUGGAGUCCCUGCAGUGCAUGCUCUACCUCUGCUCCCCUCUGCUGCGCACCCUGCACGAGCUGGAGGAGCGGCAGAUGCACAUCGCAGACAUUGCCCCUCACGACGUCACCAGGGACUUGAUUCUCCUCAACCAGCAGCGCCUGGCGGAGAUGGAGCUCUCAAACCAGCUGGAGAGGAAGAAGGAGGAGCUGCGGAUCCUCUCGAAGCACCUGGAGGAGGAGAAGAAGAAGACUGAAGCUCUGCUCUAUGCCAUGCUUCCCCAGCACGUGGCCAACCAGCUGAAAGAGGGGAAGCGAGUUGAGGCAGGAGAGUUCAAGGAGUGCACUAUAUUGUUCAGUGAUGUGGUGACCUUUACCAACAUCUGUGCCCAGUGUGAGCCUAUUCAGAUCGUUCUCAUGUUAAAUUCAAUGUACCUGAGAUUUGACAGACUGACCACAGUGCAUGACGUGUACAAGGUGGAGACCAUUGGAGAUGCCUACAUGGUGGUAGGUGGGGUCCCUGUGCCUGUGCCCACUCAUGCAGAGCGAGUUGCUAAUUUUGCCUUGGGCAUGAUAAUGGCAGCCAAAGGAGUACAGAACCCAGUGUCUGGAAAUCCUAUCCAAAUUCGAGUUGGGAUCCAUACAGGUCCUGUCUUGGCGGGGGUUGUUGGAGAAAAGAUGCCUCGUUACUGCUUGUUUGGAGACACGGUGAACAUCGCCUCCCGCAUGGAGAGCCACGGCGUGCCCAGCAAAAUUCACCUGAGCUCCAGUGCCUACCAGUGCCUAAAAUACAAGGAUUUUGAGAUUACUGAAAGAGGAGAAAUAGAAGUAAAAGGCAAAGGGAAAAUGCACACGUACUUCCUUAUUAGAAAUAAAUCUGCAACUGAGAAUGAGAUUAUGGGAAGGCCAAUGAAAGAUUUAGAUCCUGGCCAUGAAUCUGUUCAGUCCUUUCUAGAAGGCAAGACUGAAACCAUACCAAGUUCUCAUCAGCCAGCUACUCAGACUCAGCAAAAGAAGGACCAGACCCCAGCUAUUGCAAUGAAGUAUGUUGAUGGCCCCACAGAUACGCAAAACAGCCUCAAAAGAAGAAAUCAGAUGAAAGUUGGAGAUUUAACAGGCAAAACUUGUGAUUCCAAAAGCGAUGGGAGUCUCCAUGGCAACCAGCAUGCAGAUGAUGGUCCUCGUCCUCCAAACCAGGGAAGAGUCAAACCUGCUGCUGAAGAGCCACAGAACAGAAAUGUUCGCUCUAAUUUUUGCACUUUACUCUAAGUUUCUUACUUUUACAUUAAACAGAGACAUUUUAUUAUGAUUUUGUGCAUUUUGCUGUUAUGGGACUGAUUUUGUAUCUGAGUACCACAUGAUUUUAUAAAAAAAAAAAGAAAAAAAAAAAAAGACAUUUCAUCACAGUUUUCAGUAAAAAUAAGACAGUGGAGGAAAUUUUUUUAAUCCAUCUAUGUGGGCCAUACAAUACUCACAAUGGAGAAAGAAACCCUUGCAGGAUGCUUUGAGGAUGCAUUUUCAGCCUGAGCCACAUCUUUGAAUAUCUUUGUGUACAAAUCAUGAGUUGGUAUCCGAUGCAGCGAUCGAGAAAGAGGUGACUCAUCCAGCUAGAAAUAUUCCUACUCAAAUGAGCACUUGCCAUAAAAGAAACAUUCCCUGAAGUGACCAUCUGUCUUGACUCCAGCACAGCCAGCAACUUCCCGUGUGAGGUUAGCAGCGUUCCACCUGUGUUUUAACUGCAACAACAGCUUAAUUCCUGAACAGAUCUUUUGUUGGGUAAAGGCAUUAUGACAUAGAAGUGCAGAAUAAGUCUAAAACAACCUGUACUUUUGCAUCCUGAAGAGAGAAUGUGUACUUGAUAGCAGCCAACAGUAAAGAAGAGCAUCUGUGAUCUCUGUGCUAGCUAUACACAGUUGUGCAUAGAAGGACAUGGAAAUAGUGGAGCUACAAAGCAUCAGAUUUGUCACAACACUGAAGGACAGUUCAAGGCCUGCAACCUAUCUGAGACCUGCAGAUGAAUUUCAAGUUUAUUUCUCAUUUUUUCACCCCAGCUAAACAAAACAAAACAACAAACCAC